AUUUCCAUCUGAGGGGGGUGGGAACCUUGAAAAGAGAGCGAAGGUUCCCCCUGAACUGACAGGAAGCUGACCACAUGCUGCCACAGUCCACGCUGUCACCACAUCUGCCUGUCAUCACCGUCACACUGCCGGGGCCACCGCGCUCACCUGUACACAACUGGCAUCAUGGUCCACUUGGUACUAAUCUUUGCUGUAGUCAUCAUCCAAUAUGUUUAUGGAAGACCUUCAUUACCUCCUCUUCCUAUGAAAGAUGGCUGCUACCUGGUGUCUCCAGAGGUGGAGAUAUUCAGAGUGGAGGGUGAAGCAAUCAUCCUCUCCUUCCCAAUAUUCAUUAGAGUGCUUGAAGUACGCAACAUCGCUCCCCCAGCAGCCAAGUACAUCAUCACCAAGGACAAUGGGACAGACGGUGUGAGCUAUCAGGGCGAGGGGCGAGUCCAGCAGAGUAACAAACAGCUGUGGUUCCUUCCAGCUGAGGCUUCAGACUCUGGGGAAUACAUCUGCACCUACAGAAAUGAAACAUACUGUGUAACUGGGAGUAUCACGCUGCAUGUGUAUGAGUCCAGCUCUGUUGACAUGGAGAAACUGUCCUAUCCGAUGUCAGCCACUGUGGGAAAGAAUGAGAAGUUAACGUGUCCAUCUCUAGAUGACUUCAACAAGACAGACAGCCUGAUAGAGUGGUACAAGGACUCCCGCCCUGCUGGCUUGAAGCUGGGCAGAGGGGGCUCAUUCUGCCGGGAUACAGGUGACCUAAUGAUCCCUGCUGUGAGGCGAUACCAUGCAGGUAUCUACACCUGCCAGCUCAGAGUGCUCAUCAACAGCCAACAGUACAAAGUGAGCAGAGUCAUCCGUCUCCACGUGCAAGGUGUUGACCCUACAAUUGCUACCACUGACCCUGACCCCUCCACGAGCAGCAGCAGCACUGUUCACACUCCAAUAAUUCUACCACCUGUGAUCAUGUCGCCAAACAAUGGAACCAUAUUUGAAAGUUCUCAUGGUUCAGGACUGGAGCUGUUUUGCACGGUGCUCACUGAGUGUGAAAUGGUCGAUUCCACUGUGGUCACAUGGCUGGUCGAUGGCCAAUCGGUGGCGUCAUCAUACCUUGAUGACCGGGCUCUACAGGGGGGAAGGAGGGUAACCAGGGUGUCUGAAAGCUGCCAGAUUGAGAUGAGGCUAAUUUUUGUAUCGGUGACUGAAGAAGAUGUGAAGACAGAGCUGAAGUGUGUCGCUCAGAACCAAGGAGGGAUGCAGGAAGUCAUCGUACAGCUUCAGCUAGAGGACUCUUCGUCUACAUGGCUGGUGGUAGCUGCGGUGGCCGUGUGCUUCUUCCUAACUGUGGUCUCUAUCUUCUUCUACGUACUCUUCAAGCCUAAAAGGAAAAAGAAGAUGGAUUACAUUCUGGCUCGGCAGAGCAGCACCUUCUAACUCUGCUGGUUUAUGCACUCCGUCCACAAACAAAGACCUUUAAUGUGUUUACUGUUACAGUGUGUGUGCUGUUCACAUCAGUGUUUCAUUCAUUGUGCGUGUGAAGUUGUACAGUGAUGUUCAACACUCCUUUUUUAAAUCAGUAGCUGCGUUGAGCUUCAGCGACAUGAAAAUUACACUGGGAAUUUUUGUUACUUUUGAUAUUAUAUGUCUGAUGUGAUAAUUCAAUCUAUUUGGUGUAUUUAUACAGUCACAGCCAUCAAAAUGUUCUUUCAUAUCCUGUUUAAAUGUAAUGUGGAGUCACCAAACAGAGUCUAAGAUUUGGUCAAAUUCAGUAAAGGCUUCUACGAUGGCAACAUCUGUACAUGUGAACUCAUUUUAUUCUUUAUUUAGUUAUUCUGUCUUUAUGUCUGAGAGUCAAAAUACGCUCAGUGCCCACUGCGUUAGGACAGCUCAGCCAUAAAUUCUGCCUUCACACAGAUAAUAAUGUCACUGUCAGAGAGGUAUUAAACUAUAUGUUUAUUAUAAUUGUCAUAGUUUGCAGUGGUCUCAAACUGGAGUUCAAUGUUUUGUCUUCCCCAUUUACAAACGUGAGGGGCUUCAUGGCUUAAUCGCUGUCCUGGAUUGCAUUCGAUUUUACAGGUGGACCACUGGAUGUGUAUAUGUGUGUAUGCAGGUUAUCAAAAACAAUUUGAUAACCUCAUUCAAAAUAAACUACACCCAACUGUCCUGGCACAGGUGGAUUUGUGGGAGUUGUGCAACAAUGUAAACACAACCCAAGAAUAUCUGCUACAGGAAGAAUAAAUCCAUGGUGAAUAAAGUUGUAAUUAUGCUGUUA